UGUUUGCAAAAAUUCAAUGAGACACUGUUCAGUAACUGCUGUUUUGGGUGAAUGCUUCGUUUUGGGAAAUAGCCUUUUUCUGCACAUGCAUGAGUGCGGAAUUGGGGCGUUAACUAUAGACGUGUCCGUGUUGUAUUCAGUUCAACGUUGAACACUUCAGACGUAUAUCACUAUGGGGAAUAAAGACGAAAAUCAAGAUCGUGGUAACUGGGACAAUAAAGCUGACUACUUGUUGUCAUGUAUUGGAUACGCAGUUGGACUUGGCAAUGUAUGGCGGUUUCCCUACCUUGCUUUCGAAAAUGGAGGGGGUGCCUUUCUCAUUCCAUACAUUAUUAUGUUGGUGUUUGCUGGCUUGCCAAUAUUUUUCAUGGAAGUCGCUCUCGGUCAGUUUUCGAGUCUUGGGCCAACCUCUGUGUGGAAAUUUAACCCAAUGUUUAAAGGUGUCGGCAUAUGCAUGGUUGUCCUGAGUGCGUUUGUCGGCAUUUACUACAACGUGAUCAUCGCUUAUACCGUGUUCUAUUUCUUCUCAUCUUUAACAUCGAAUCUACCAUGGGAGACUUGUGAUAACUGGUGGAACAACCAAACUACAUGUCGCACCAGUUUUGAGCUAGUUUGUAACCUAAACUUUACCGGAGUAGGUCUGAAUGCACCUGCGGCUUCUUAUAUUGAUAGUAACCAGGCACAGUUCAGAGGCUCCGGGCCUGUUUAUCAGCAAGUUCCUAAGGAGUAUGCUACGAAUGUAAGUGUAAUGUUGGGGCAGCAAAACGGGUCAUCGUACGGUUGUUCCAGCUUUUUUGCCCUUCGAGGAACAAGCGCAAGUGAAGAAUAUUGGAACAAAUAUGCAUUGCGCCUGGCUGAUGACAUCUACCCGUCUAGCAAUGGACCAGUGAAUUCUCACCUUGCCUUGUCUCUUAUCGUGGCUUGGAUAGUAGUUUUCUACAGCUUGAUAAAGGGAAUCAAAUCUUCUGGAAAGGUCGUUUACUUUACCGCUCUCUUCCCGUACGUGGUUUUGUUGAUUUUGUUGAUCAGAGGUGCGACAUUGGAAGGUGCUUACGAUGGUGUGCAGUAUUAUAUUGGAAGCCAAUCUGACUUGAGCAAGUUACAAGAUGCAGAGGUUUGGAAAGCAGCAGCUACUCAGAUUUUCUUUUCCCUGAGUGCGGCAUGGGGUGGUUUGAUUGCCCUUUCAUCUUACAACAAGUUCAAAAACAACUGCUUCUAUGAUGCGGUACUUGUGUGUACGGUAAACUGCGGCACUUCACUCUUCGCUGGUUUUGCUAUUUUUACGGUUGUUGGUCACAUGGCACAUCGACUUGGAAGACCUGUAAACGAAGUUGUGCAGUCAGGAUUUGGAUUGGCCUUUGUCGCAUAUCCCGAAGCAAUAGCCCAGUUACCCGUUUCGCCGUUGUGGGCCAUCCUCUUUUUCCUCAUGUUGUUCACCCUUGGCCUCGACAGUCAAUUCACGAUUCUUGAAACUGUCAGCACGGCAAUUACAGAUUCGUUCCCACGCCAGUUCCGCAGUAGAAGAUGGCAGUUGAUGCUGAUGCUAUCGGUCGUUAUGUUCCUCCUUGGCCUCGUGUGCGUUACUAAUACCGGGUUAUACUGGGUAAACCUAAUCGAUCACUACGCUGCUGGUUGGGGAUUGCUCUUUGUGGCAGUUAUGGAACUUUUUGGAGUUUGUUACAUCUAUGGUGGGAAUCGUUUCAUUGAAGACAUCGAAAUGAUGAUCGGGAAGAAGAAUUGGUGGUUCUGGUUGUAUUGGAGAGCAUGUUGGUUCUUCAUAUCACCGUUGCUGUUAACGGCGAUCUUAGUUUGGUCUCUUGCGACGUUUGAUACCAAAUCUAUCGGAGGUUAUGAGUAUCCAGAAUUCGCGACAGUGAUUGGUUGGCUCAUCAUUGCAACUGCUAUCAUUUUCGUUCCAAUAUUUGGCAUCGUGGCUAUUGUGAAAAAUAAAGGAAGUGUAUUCAAGGCUUCGUCCCCUGCAUCAGACUGGGGACCUUACCUAAAAGAACAUCGUGGUGUAAGGUAUGCCAAUAUGGAUGAACCGGAGGAGGCAUUAGCAAUUGCUGAAGAAAGAAACCAGCAUGAGAGCGAGAAAGGAAAGGGCAAUCCAGUGUAUGCACAUGACAACGGUGAAACUGAACAAACUAAGAUGUAAACAUGAUGUGUAGUUUUACAAUUCAUGCUGUAAAUAAACUUUUCACCUGAUGGUGCUACAAAGGGAAUUUAAACUAUACUGAAUCAUCAAUUAUAUAGGUCUACAACUUACACAAAGUAACUCCAAAGGACUUAAUACAUUUCGCGUCUAUUAUAGUAUCAUUUUACCACUUGGCAGUUUUUAUAACAGUAUCUUGUAAUAUUAAUAACUUAUGUUAAUAUAUAGUAGGCCAAGUAGGGUGAUGGAAGAUGGGACACCUUUUCAUACUAUUUUCUCGUCCAAUUUAGUAAUAUUCAAAGAAGUAUUAAACCGUAUUCUCACGACUCCCAUGAACCUUUGUUAAUUAUUCUAACCACGAUAGGGAUAUUUGGAUAUCAUGUGCUAAAUGUGUCCCAUCUUACCCCACAGUACUAUCAUAGUACACUUCAGUAUACUAUGGUACUAUUAUCACCGUAUUUUACAAAACAAAAUCUUACAUUUAAAACCUAAUGUAAAUAGCCGGGUAAUAAUUGUGUUUUUUACGUACAUGUACCUAAUCGCAUUUUAAAUACAGAAUAACAAAAUUAUGUUUAUUG